CUUUCGCAGUGACAGUGACGUUUCCUUUCGUUUAUGCACCCGUGUCAAAAUACACGUGGUAAACGUUCAGAAAUUAGAAAAAUAUUCAAUUUUAUUAAAGUGUAUUGAGAAAAUCACAAAAUGGCUUUAUAUAAUUUCAAGAAAGUGGCUGUAGUCCCUACUGCGAAGGACUUCAUCGACAUUAUCUUUUCGAAAACUCAAAGAAAAACACCAACAGUAGUGCAUAAGCAGUACAAAAUAACCCGAAUUAGAGCGUUUUAUAUGAGAAAAGUGAAAUUCUCCCAGCAAAGUUUUCAUGACAGGCUGACACAAAUCUUGACAGAAUUUCCAAAAUUAGAUGAUGUCCACCCAUUUUAUGCAGAUUUGAUGAAUGUGUUAUAUGACAAAGACCAUUACAAGCUAGCUUUAGGCCAGAUAAAUACUGCAAGGCAUUUAAUAGACAACGUUGCAAAAGAUUACGUUAGGUUACUAAAAUAUGGAGACUCCUUGUAUCGUUGCAAGCAACUUAAAAGAGCAGCCUUGGGUCGAAUGGCCACCAUAAUGAAGCGUCAAGCAUCUAAUCUCACAUACCUAGAGCAAGUGAGACAGCAUUUGGCACGUUUGCCAUCCAUAGAUCCAUACACAAGAACCAUAAUUAUCUGCGGAUUUCCGAAUGUAGGAAAGUCUUCGUUUAUAAACAAAAUCACUAGGGCUGAUGUGGAGGUGCAACCAUAUGCAUUCACAACCAAAUCACUCUAUGUUGGUCAUACAGACUAUAAGUACCUUAGAUGGCAAGUGAUUGAUACACCUGGAAUUUUGGACCAUUCUUUGGAGGAAAGAAACGUAAUAGAAAUGCAAGCUGUAACAGCCCUAGCCCAUCUUAGAGCCUGCAUCCUGUACUUCUUAGACCUUUCUGAACAGUGCGGACAUACCCUUGACGAGCAAGUGAAACUGUUUGAAUCAAUCAAACCAUUAUUUGCCAACAAACCGCUGAUUUUGGUCGCCAACAAGUGCGAUAUCAUCACCCUGGAUGAACUGCCAAAAUCACAAAGAGCGGUGUUGAAAGAUAUUGAGGCAGAUAAGGAGCUGACUCUGUUGGAAAUGUCCACUGUAACUGAUAAAGGCGUUAUGGAAGUAAAAGCUGAUGCGUGCGAGAAACUGUUGAGCUAUAGAGUAGAUCAGAAGAUGAGAACCAAGAAGGUAGAUGGCAUACUGAACUGUCUCCACGUGGCAGUGCCAAAGCCUAGGGACGGCAAGCCAAGGCCGCCCUGUAUCCCUGAAAGUGUUUUGGCUAAAAGGCAACAGCAAAAUAACGAGAAACGCAAAAGGAAACUCGAACGGGAGAUCGAAAUUGAAGAGGGCGAUGAUUAUAUACUUGAUCUACACAAGCAUUACACGGACAUACCAGAGGAAGAACGAUAUGAUAUCAUUCCCGAGAUAUGGGAGGGUCAUAAUAUAGCAGAUUACAUAGAUCCAGAGAUAUUCGACAAACUGGCCGAAUUAGAAAAGGAAGAAGAAAUUAGAGUAGAAACUGGCAUGUACGUGGUGCCCAAGAUAGAACUCGACGACACGAUGAUGGAGAUCAAAAAGCUUGCGAAACAGAUCAGAGAGAAGAAAGCCAUCAUCAAGGAUGAAGCUAGGAUUAAUAAGCAGUGCAGAAAACCUACUAUGCCUAGGACAUCAGCAGCAAAGGCAAGAGAUCGUUCGGUGUCGAAACUGCGCGAAAAUAUGGAGAACCUGGGCGUUGACAUGAGCGAAACCGAAAACGCGCACUUUACGAAGACGAAAAAGAGGAGCUUGUCUUCAGGACCGCCAGUUAAGAGGGUGCGUACGGAAGAUGGCGACAGCGUGUCUUUAGCGCGAUCCAGGUCGAUGUCUAAACCGCCGAGAAAUGAACAGGGAGUCAAGGAUGUAGCUAUGAAGAAAAAGUUGGCCAAAAUCGCCCACAGAGCUAUCAGCAAAAAGGUCAAGAAGAUGGGUCUCAAAGGUGAAGCUGACAGAUUCAUUGGAACCAAAAUGCCCAAGCACUUGUUUUCUGGAAAGAGGGGAGUCGGAAAAACCGACAGAAGAUAAAGAGAGCAGCAGUUUUGUUUGUUAUUAUCAAGAAAUAUUACUUAUGUGUUUGGGAUGGUUUAUCAAUUUAUCAUUGUAGAAAGUGCUACUUCACACAUAUGUUAUUGUAUUUAAUAAAGCCAUUUUGAGUGAUUA